AUGGGUUACGCCGAAAUUUUCUUCGCGGGAUUGUGCUUAAAUGCUACUUGCGAUGUUGAUUUAGAUAAUGUCACAACUAGUGUACCUAGUUAUUUUCAAUUGAAAUUCGCAGAAUUAGAAGAAGAGCUUAAAACAGAAACACUUGUAUUAACCACUAUACAGAAUGGAGAACUAAGCGGCUACCAAAAAAUAGGAGACGAUUUAGUUGGUAAUGGAAUAGCCUUCGAUAUCAUACAAAUCCUUCAAAACAAAUACAAAUUCAACUACACCAUAGUCCUACCUGAAGAUGAGACUUUCUUGGGAGCAUCCAAUCAAAGAACAGCUAAAAGACUUUUGGAAAAAGAGGAAGUCGACAUGGCUGUGGCCUUUCUGCCGAUAAUCGAAAGCAUUCGCAACGAAAUCGUCUAUUCCACGAGCUUCGACGUGGCCGAAUGGGUGGUGCUGAUGAACCGGCCCAAAGAAUCGGCCACCGGCUCCGGCCUGCUGGCCCCCUUCACCACCGAAGUCUGGAUCAUGAUCAUCUUCUCCAUUCUCACCGUCGGCCCGCUCAUCUUUCUGAUGGUGCUGAUUCGCGCACGCCUUUGCAAAAACGACGACAGCGACGUCUACUCGCUGUCCACGUGCUUGUGGUUUGUCUACGGGGCACUGCUCAAGCAAGGUUCCACUGUUAAUCCUAGAACAGAUACUUCUAGACUUUUGUUUUCCACUUGGUGGUUGUUUAUAUUAAUAUUAACGGCGUUUUACACGGCGAACUUGACAGCUUUUCUGACCCUGUCCAAGUUUACUCUGCCCAUAACGGCUCCGGAGGAUAUAGGAAAGAAGCAUUAUCGUUGGGUGACGAACAAAGGGAAUCCUGUAAGGGAUCAAAUUCUGGCUGAUAAAAACGACGAGCACAUCUACCAGGAGAAACUGAUUGAAAAAUUGGGCAAUCUGAAGGUGUUUGCCAAUUACCCAGAUAUGGAGAUACUGGACAGCUACGUUUACAAAAGAGACAUGAUGUUCAUUCGAGAGAAAACCGUCAUCAACCACAUAAUGUACAAAGACUACAGGCAAAAAGCCAAUGGAGGCAUGGAAGAGAGCAAAAGGUGCACUUACGUUAUCGCGAAAUUUCCCAUAGUCAAAUUCUCCAGAGCUUUCGCCUACUCCAAGAAUUUCAAAUAUAAAGAACUCUUUAAUUACGCGAUACAGCGAUUGAUAGAAGGCGGUAUAAUAGAGUUCAAGUUAAAGGAGAACCUUCCGGAUGCGGAGAUAUGCCCGCUGGACUUGGGCAGCACGGAGCGCAAGCUCAGGAACACCGACUUGCUGCUGACCUACAUCAUCGUCGGCGGCGGCUUGGCGGUGGCGCUGUGCGUUUUCCUCAUGGAAGUGCUGUGGAGGGUGUGCCAGAGACGAUACAGGAAGAGGAAAGCCGGGAGGAUGCGAGCGAACGGCUGGCCGAACAACCACAAGAGCCGCGCGUUUAGGUCGAAUUUGCAGGUUACUCCGCCGCCUUCCUAUCAAACGCUGUUCAAGCCGCCGUUUUACUACGAAAGAGGCGGCACCAAGAAGUUCGUGAACGGGAGAGAUUAUUGGAUAGUCGACGGGAAGAACGGUUUGAAGCAAAUGAUCCCACUGCGUACACCGUCCGCUUUGCUUUUUCAGUUUUCCAAUUGA